AUGUUUUCAUCUUUCUGGCACCAUGCCAUGGUGGUCUUCACAUCGAUGCUGCUUUUGGUCAGCAGCCACCGCGUCAUCGGCUUGCGAACAGGCCUUGCCGAGAGGGAGACCCGAGGCACCGUAGAACCCGAGCCUGCCCGUUGCGAAGAAGAGCUUCGAAUAUUCAAGAGGAAGAUACAGGACAUUUGCGAAGAGGACCAGCAGAAUGGUAAGACGGUUUCUGACGGAGGCUGCGAAGCAGAGGCGGAAGCCGUUGUCAGCGAUGGGGACUACGAGGUCUGGAGCCAGAGCUUGGUUCAGUGCGGUCGGGAGAAGACGCACCUCUUGCUUUGGAGUGGCUACCAAGACGCGGAGCGUGAAGACGUCCUGCGGCCACUGCGGGAACAGGGCGGCUGUGUCCUGCACAGCAAGGAGGAUCCGGACACCCGGCUCGGGCAGCUCCUGAACGCUCCCGAGGUGAAUACUCUGAAGUCCUGCAGCUUUCCCAAGGUCAAGGCGUUUUGGGUUGGCGCAUCCCGGCAGUUCGCAAGCACUUGGGCUGCGAGGUCACAAGAAGUCGCCGUCGCGAUCGGAUAUCACAUCAAGCAAGGUCGGUCCUACAAGACCCUCUUUGACACAGUCUUCUACAGAAGUGAGCUGAAAGCUGCUGUUCAAGCCUUCCGGAGCAAACUGCAGGUGAACAUUACCUUCACGCACCCCGCCAUGACACCUGGCGACAUGCAUGCAGCAACUUCCGUCAUCUACGAAAGGGCGCGGUUGCUGUCGCCGGUGCCAGAGAAGCUUCAGGAGAGCACAUGGUGGCACUAUGGUCACUGUGCCAAAGAGAACCUUGCAGUCUGCGAUCUUCGGGAUCUCCUCGACCCGAACGAUGCUAGGUUUUUCUCCAACCUCGGAGUCAUGUACGCAUUGGGCCUCGGGGUGGCCCGGGACUUUCAGAAGGCGAGGAAGCUCCUUGAACUCAGCAUGGAGAGGGGCUUCGCUAGAGCCUGCACCCUCCUUGGAUUUAUGUACCAGAGUGGGCAAGGUGUGGCGCAAGAUUUCCAGAAGGCCAAAAAACUGUAUGAGGUGGCCAUCAAAAGAGGCGACGAGUGUGCCCUCAGCAAGCUUGGAUACUUGUACGAGACUGGACACGGUGUCGCCAUAGAUUUCCGACGGGCUAAGGAAUUGUAUGAACUGGGCAUCGAAAAGGGCAGUGAUGACGCCCGCUCUUGCCUCGGCCGCUUGUACCAGAACGGUCUCGGGGUGACCCGUGACUUUCAGAAAGCACGGGACCUCUUCGAGGAAGGCAUGGCAGAAGGCGACGCUGAGGCCUUCGUGGGCCUUGGAAACAUCUUCGAGUUCGGGCAAGGGGUAGCGACAGACUUCCAGAGGGCCAGGAAACUAUAUGAGACAGGCAUGGAAAGGGGCAGUGCUGCCGCCCCCACUGCCCUCGGGAACCUCUACCACCAGGGCCUCGGGGUGGCCCAGGACUUCAAGAAGGCGCGGAAGCUUUUUGAGCUGAGCCUGGAAAGGGGAUGGGCCGGAGCCCCCAGAAACCUUGGACUUUUGUACCAGUUCGGGGAAGGUGUCGCCCAAGAUUUCCACAAGGCCACAGAACUGUAUGAAAUGAGCAUGGAGAUGGGUAGCGCAGCCGCCCCGGCUACCCUCGGGAGCUUGUAUUAUCACGCCCUCGGAGUGGCCCAGGAUUUCAAGAAGGCGCGGAAGCUUUUUGAGCUAAGCCUGGAAAGGGGAUGGGCCGGAGCACCCGCCAGUCUGGGACUCUUGUACCAGUUCGGGGAAGGUGUCGCCCAAGAUUUCCACAAGGCCAAAGAUUAUGAGGCUGAAUUCUAUCUAAGCCUGGAUUGUGGUAUAGCACCCAAAAAUGGGAAUCCAAAAUAG